GAAUCGCUGAUGGAAACAUUCCCUUUCACUACCGCAUGAGGGCAUAGCUCCCAAACCACAGAGCUCUGUCUACGCAACGAAACUUCAUAAUUUAGGAACAAUUUCCUAAAUUGCCACCGGAAGGGGUAGAUUAUCCUGUUGUAUGGUCAUUAUUUUGCCAUCGAAAGUGCCCCGCAUUCUCCGGGAAAGUCCAGUUAGGGGCUCUUCGUUAGAAGACCGAGUGAGAUUCAUUUCCUCAUCUGAAGAAGUGACUGCUCGUGUCGCCCGUGAUGCUAAUCAGUGAAGUAACGCUGAACUUGAGAACUGUGUUGUGCCAUCCUGCUUUCGUCAGUUGAUGAGUUUGUGGGGACACUCACUGGAAAACGGAAUUCGUAUUCUAGUUUCAGUUGUUUCACAGGACCAAUGCAAAGAGGAACAAAUACCUCCUCCGAUCACCUCAAUGUUUCCCAGCGGCCAUUGACCUGUUAGUUGACCGGCUGGAGAAAGGCCCCGAUGGGAUACAAUGCAGAUUUAAAAUGGUUCUGGCCCCGGGAGAGUGCCCUUGGGUUGGUGAUGCGUGUGGAGACGGGCUGGGUGGGCGAGGAGGACCCACACAGAUGCGGGCACACACAGGGCACGGAGCUCUGAAGAGGAAGAGGGUGUUCAAGGCUGGCAUGACGAGCAUUGCACUACAGUCUCCUUAAUGAUGCCGUUGCAUUGGAGCAAGGACGCUGAAUAACUGUUCCAGUUUUUUUUAUUUUAGUUUUCAUUUUAUUGUUUUAUAGUACAUUUUCUUUUUUAAAGAUAUAUUUUUUUGGUCGUUUUGCCUGACCAUUUUUUUGUUGAUUUAUACAAAGACAUAUAUACAAUACAAAGACAUAUAUACAUGUAUACACCACAUCUAUUCAAUCAUUGACUAACAGCAACACUCACUUUUUGGGCUUUGGUCAAUAUUAGUUGAGAGACGAAUGUUUAUUUUUUGUGCUCACACCAAACUAAGUAUCAAUGAAGCCAUGCUGAAAUCUAUUUGAAUGAGAGUGGCAGCUAUUUUUUUUAUUGCCACGUCAUUAGUGCAUAUUUUUGUAUCUCUAAUAGUAGUCUCACAUUGUUUCUAUCCUGCUAACAUGCAGAUGCACACAUUCUGAGCUGCUCUGAUAGUGCCACAACCUUACUCUUCUGGGCAGGCAUACACAACACGGAUUCAAGUCUUUCCCCUUGUUUUCCCCAAACACUUAAUCCUUCUGUCUUUGUUGCCUUCCUUCUUGUGUCUCCUUCACCCCUCCUUAGUCCUCUGUGUCCCCUUGGUUCCUAUGGCAACACUCUCCACUCCCAAACCACAAGGGCAUAGUUUCUUGUCUUUUUGACCUCCUCAGUCACACAUACAUAUCCCACCCCUUUCUCUCUCUUUUUUUCUGUCUCUCUCUGGCUCUACCUCUUCUUCUCUCUCUCCAUGCCCGCUGGUCUGAGCAUGGGUGGGACAUUAGGGGCCCCCUCCUCCCCUUCCCACCCAUUUCGCCCGAGUCGCUACGUCCCUGUGACCGCGGCGACGGCGUUCUUAGUGGGCUCGACAACGCUCUUCCUGUGUUUCACGUGUCCCUGGUUGUCUGGGGUCUACUCCUCCAUGGUCCCGCUCUACAACGCACUAGUUUUCCUCUUCACCUUGUCCAACUUCUGCAUGGCCACGUUCAUGGACCCGGGCAUCUUCCCCAGAGCGGAGGAGGACGAGGACAAAGAGGAUGACUUCCGGGCGCCGCUGUACAAGACGGUGGAUGUGAGGGGCAUUCAGGUGCGCAUGAAGUGGUGCUCCACCUGCCGCUUCUACAGGCCCCCGCGCUGCUCCCACUGCUCCGUCUGCGACAACUGCGUGGAGGAUUUUGACCAUCACUGCCCCUGGGUGAACAACUGCAUCGGGAGGCGGAACUAUCGGCACUUCUUCCUGUUCCUGCUGUCACUCACAGUCCACAUCAUGGGCGUGUUUGGCUUCGGCCUCGUGUACAUCCUGCACCACAAACAUCAGCUGUACACGCCCCAGUCCGUCGUCACUAUAGCUGUCAUGUGUGUGGCUGGCCUCUUCUUGGUACCAGUGGCUGGGCUGACUGGAUUCCAUAUGGUCCUGGUGGUGCGGGGGCGAACCACCAAUGAGCAGGUGACGGGGAAGUUUAAGGGCGGGGUGAACCCGUUCACCAGGGGCUGCUCCAAGAAUGUGUCCCACGUGCUGUGCAGCUCCCAAGCUCCCAGGUAUCUGGGUCGCUUACAGAAGUCUCUUUCUCUCCAAAUCCAACCACCAUUUUUGCGGCCAACACCUCAAGAUGAGACGGACAAAGGGCAUGACAAUGGCAUUCAGCAGGUACUGUAUUCUAAAAGCAGUCUGGAGCUGAUGGAGAGUCAGUCUACUGAUGCAGAGCCCCCGCCCCCCCCACCCCCGGACCUCCGCUACCCUGGGCUGGCACACACACACACAGAGGAGAGCAGCUUGCUUCAUGAAGCUCCGCCCACCCCCUCUUUGAACAAGUACCGGCUGGCUAGGAGCAGCCCAGCAAGAAACCACACUGCCAUCGCGCACUCGUACAAGAUGACUCGUGGGGACGGCUGUGUCUCUGACCCCAGUCUCUCUGGCCGGGUGGGGGGGGGCGGCGGUGCGGGCCCGGGGGGUCUGGGUGGGGCUUCCACUCUGGGUGGGCGCUCCUACCCCUCGUUCACCGACACCCUGCUCCAGUCGGCGGGGGCGUCCCGCUCCUCGAGCCUGCGCUCGGCCUACACGGCCCACAAUGCACUGGGGCCGCUGCUGUCGGAGGGCACCACCACCUCCACCAGCUACAAGAGCCUGGCCAAUCAAACGCGCAACGGCAGCCUGUCCUACGACAGCCUGCUCACGCCGUCCGAGAGCCCCGAGUUUGAGUCGGCCGCUCCCGAGCUUUCCCCUCCCAAGCCACACCCUCCGCCUGGCCCACUUAGCCCCACCCCUCUUAGCAAGGAGCCCCCACCCAUAUUGGGAUACUCCUCCCCCUUCCUGUCCGCUCAGCAGCGGGAAGGCUCUCUCCAGGCCCGCCCCACCGCCCGUCUAAGCUCCUCCUCCCAUCGUGCGUUGUACCGCGCCACCAGCCCGCCCCCGGUCCAGGCCCCGCCCCACUCUCCUCGCGCUCGCUCCCUGGGCUCUCCUCCGCCGGGCUCCGCCCUCCUGUCUGUGCUAGGCCAAUCAGUGUCCUACACGGGCGGAGCCGCAGCCCAGCGCCACCGCCCCACGGCUGGGGGAGGGACCCAGGUGGCCAAGUGAGUAACGGCCAACAAGCUAAGCCUUUCUUUUCACUCUGUGAACUCUGAACUCUGAACUCUGCUCUCUCUCCUUCCUUCUGACUCUUGUCAUUCAUGGUUUCUGCCUUCUUCUAUAACUCUUUUCUAAUAACUGCAUCAUUAGCAUAAUCAUACAUUCAUUUGGAACAUGACAAUAAAACACAGAUAUGCAGCCAUGUUUUAUUUAUUUUAUUUUGUAUUUCUUCAUCUGGCUGUGACUGGCCGUCUGAGCCAGGCCACUCCUCUUCCUCUUCAUCUCCCGUCAGGUCAGAGGUCAGGUAUGACCAGUGGUGGUCAGAACAGCCACUAGCGCUUCUCACUUUUCUAAUCCACACUUUUGAAGGGCUUUUGGUAUCGUCCUUUCGCCUCUAUUUUUACUCUGUUCCCACAGCAUGCAUUGGCUGUGUGUGUGUGUGUGUGUGUGUGUGUGUCUGUAUGUUUGUUGUCGUUUGAAUGCGUGUCCCCCUCAGAGAGGAAAUGAAUGUGCAUAGAGGUGUGUGGAAAUAGGGGCAUCUCUGCGUCGCUAUGACUACAGGAGGUGCAGUGUUCUGUUUGUGGUAACCCUCACCCUCUCUCACCCACCAAACCAGCUCCACAACUCCAACCAGCCUGGCCAAUCACAUCAUUCUCUCAUCGUUUAACCCCUCCCCUAGAACAGGGGACGAAGUGGAGAGAGUGACUGGCAUUGGGGGCAUUGGGGGCACGACCUAUGAGAUAUCAGGGUAGCGCCAACAGCCAUGCCACGUCACCCCACUGCCCUCCGACCCCGCUUCUGAAGUCCUUCUGCUGAGGAAGACUAUCAGAGAUGAAGGCUGGUGAACUCGCGUUGGCGUAGUUGAUCAAAGACUCCUGUCCUGCUGCUGUUGGGGGUGAACUCUUGUCACAGUCAUCCAAAAAGGAAACGGACUGUCUUAACAGCCAGUGAAUGACUCGAUUUCAGUGGGGUAUAUAAGUAUAUAAGAGAUGAAAUCUAUAUCUAUGUUAAGAUCUUUGGGUCCGUAUAUGGGAUGAGAGGUAUGAUGCGGAGCAGAAAGCUGUGAGGAUGAACACAUGGAGUCAUGGCCAGUCAUCAUCAGCUGAAGACCAGGCUCAUAGUAUCUUUGAUUGGUGGAGGUUCACUUUCCCCAUAAACCUUGACUAAUCAGUUUCACAGGUACUGAGCACUGAAUGACUAUAGAUGUGCUUCUGGCCUCUGGACUCAUUUCAAUUCUUUUUUGCUUUCUUUUUUUCUUUACUUUUCUUAGAUUUUUAUUAUGUUUUGUUUAUGUGUUCUGUAUUCAAAUGUUAUUUUAUACAGAUAUCUAUCUUUAAAGAGUUACCGUGUGUGGCAAUUGAAUCAGGAAAGAUGGCAAAUGGUUAAAAGAGUGCAAUUGUUGUGGGGGUAAAUCCUCUUUUCAUAUUUUUGAUUGAUGGCUGUAUCAGCCAAUCAUACACCCUGUUUGAGAUCUCAGCCAAAGAGAUAGGUUUGAUCAGGGAUCUUGAUUUUGACGGACAGCACAUGCAGCCAAUGGCUCAACAGCACAAGAAAAGGAUUUAAUGGAAUGUAACUGAAUGUUUGACAUGGAGAUUUUAUGCAAAAUGUCUGUCCGGAAAAAUGUGGAAAAAACAUUUGCGCCUUUGUCUUAUUUCAAGAUUAAGAAUAAUUGUGUUGUUCUCAAAAGAAGUAUGGGUGAGCGAAAUCCGUACACUGUUCAGUUAUGUUUUCCCUGAAGAUAACGUUUUAACAUGUCUUAUCCAUAUUCAUAAUGCUUGUAUAUAACACUAGACUUUUGGGGAGGGCUUUGUUUUGUAUAUUGGCAAAUGAUUUCAAUCUAAACAGCAUCAGAAUUAUUCAAAAGUCCAGGAUUUGUAUGUGCAUGGCUGCUGUCUAUUACCCCCCUGUGCGUCCUGUACCGGAACGGAACCCACUCGGCGCCUAUCCAAUUUGGUCUAAUUGAUGUCAGAAUGGAAAAGGGAAUCCAUUUGAAGUCUGAAACUAUUUUGUAAGAUGUAUUUUUAAAGAAGAAAACGUGUGCAAUGUAAGGUGCAUGUUCACCAUUUCACAGUUUUAGCCUGUGUAUUAUCCCAAGUGACAUGCUUAGAGGUGAAUACUCUUUUGUACUGUCCUGCUAACAUUACUAUUCUAACGGUGUAAACACGCUGGGACUGUUGUGUAUCCGACGAUUCAUAAAUCUUUCCGGAAUCACUGGCUGGCGCAUUCUCAUUCAUUUCAGAGAAUCCCAGAAA